GGUCGGUGCAGCACGCAUGCGUGGUGUGGGGUGACUACCUCAGUGUAGCGCGCAUGCUUGUGCUAGGCAGCGCGCCAUUUUCCUUCUGUUUGAACUGGAAGGCCAGCUUGUGCAACUGAAUUCGCUUUGAUUUAAAAGAAUUUGUGAUCAUGGAUCUCAGUGAUGCCAAUUUACAAUCCUUGUCUGAAUUUUUGAAGAAGACUCUUGAUCCUGAUCCUGCAGUUAGGAGGCCAGCUGAAAAGUUCCUUGAGUCAGUGGAAAGAAACCAGAAUUAUCCAUUGCUUCUGCUAACUCUUGUCGAAAAGUCUCAAGAUAAUGUCAUGAAAGUGUGUUCGAGUGUAACUUUCAAGAAUUACAUCAAAAGAAAUUGGCGAAUUGUUGAAGAUGAGCCAAACAAAAUCUGUGAACAAGAUAGGGUGGCGAUCAAAGCCAACAUUGUGAAUUUGAUGCUGAGUAGUCCUGAGCAGAUUCAGAAACAGUUGAGUGACGCUAUCAGUAUAAUUGGACGUGAAGAUUUUCCACAAAAAUGGCCACAUCUUCUAACAGAAAUGAUUAACCGCUUUCAAAGUGGAGAUUUUCAUGUGAUUAAUGGAGUACUUCGAACAGCACACUCACUAUUUAAAAGGUAUCGACAUGAAUUCAAAUCAAAUGAACUGUGGACUGAGAUUAAACUGGUAUUGGACAUUUUUGCAGAGCCCUUGACGUCACUCUUUAAGACCACUAUUGAGCUGUGCCAUACACAUGCCAAUGAUGUAAAUGUGUUGAAGGUCCUCUUCUCAUCACUUGUUUUGAUUGCCAAGUUAUUCUACAGUUUAAAUUUUCAAGAUUUGCCAGAAUUCUUUGAAGAUAACAUGGAAACAUGGAUGACAAACUUCCAUAGUUUGCUCACUUUGGAUAAUAAGUUAUUACAGACUAAUGAUGAAGAGGAAGCUGGUUUACUGGAGUUGCUUAAGUCUCAAAUCUGUGACAAUGCUGCUCUCUACGCUCAGAAGUAUGAUGAGGAAUUCCAGCCCUACCUACCACAGUUUGUCACUGCUAUUUGGAAUUUACUGGUUACAACCAAGCAGGAGGUUAAAUAUGACUUGUUGGUAAGUAACGCUAUUCAGUUCCUGGCAUCGGUUUGUGAAAGACCUCACUACAAACAUCUUUUCGAGGAUCAGAAUACGUUAACCAGUAUCUGUGAAAAAGUAAUUGUUCCUAACAUGGAAUUCCGAGCUGCUGAUGAAGAAACUUUUGAGGAUAAUUCUGAAGAGUACAUAAGAAGGGAUUUGGAGGGAUCAGACAUUGAUACCAGACGAAGAGCAGCUUGUGAUUUGGUGCGUGGUCUUUGCAAGUACUUUGAAGGGCCUGUAACAGCAAUAUUCUCUGGCUAUGUCAAUUCUAUGUUGCAACAAUAUGCCAAAAAUCCUUCUAUUAAUUGGAAGCACAAAGAUGCUGCGAUUUAUCUUGUGACGUCACUUGCCUCCAAAGCUCAAACUCAAAAGCAUGGAAUAACUCAAGCAAAUGAGCUUGUAAAUCUAACCGAUUUCUUUGUUAAUCACAUACUGUCUGAUUUGAAGUCACCGAAUGUGAAUGAAUUCCCUGUUCUGAAAGCAGAUGCCAUAAAAUAUGUUAUGAUUUUUCGGAGCCAGCUUCCCAAGGAACAACUUUUGGUGUCCCUCCCACUGUUAAUUAACCACUUACAAGCAGAAAACAUUGUUGUUCAUACAUAUGCCGCUCACGCUAUUGAAAGGAUAUUCACUAUGAAAGGACCUAACAAUGCCACUUUAAUAUCCCCUGUGGAGUUGGCCCCUGUGGUUGAACACCUAUUAACAAAUCUUUUUAAAGCCCUAGCUUUGCCUGGGUCUUCUGAAAAUGAAUAUGUUAUGAAAGCUAUUAUGAGAAGUUUCUCACUUCUCCAGGAAGCAAUUGUUCCUUAUGUUCCCACACUGAUUAACCAGUUAACACAGAAGCUAUUGGUAGUUAGCAAGAAUCCAAGCAAGCCACACUUCAACCAUUAUUUAUUUGAGUCCCUUUGCCUUUCUGUGCGAAUAACAUGUAAACCAAAUCCUAUAACUGUGAGAAGUUUUGAAGAGGCUCUUUUCCCUGUGUUUACCGAAAUAUUGCAGAAUGACGUGCAAGAAUUCCUCCCUUAUGUGUUCCAAGUGAUGUCACUGCUCCUUGAAAUACACAGUGCUGAUAUUUCCCCCUGUUAUAUGGCUCUAUUCCCCCACUUGUUGCAGCCACUGUUGUGGGAACGUAUUGGGAACAUCCCACCUCUUGUCAGACUACUUCAGGCUUUCCUGGAGAAAGGAGCAAAUUCUAUUUCUACAAAUGCAGCUGAUAAAAUUCCAGGAUUGCUAGGAGUCUUCCAAAAGUUAAUUGCAUCCAAAGCAAAUGAUCAUCAAGGCUUCUACCUACUUAACAGUAUAAUUGAGCACAUGCCUUCUGAUGUCAUACACCAAUACAGGAAACAGAUCUUCAUUUUGCUUUUCCAGCGACUUCAGAAUUCAAAAACAACAAAAUUUGUUAAAAGUUUUCUAGUAUUUGUUAACCUUUAUGCUGUAAAAUAUGGAGCAAUAGCUUUGCAGGAAAUCUUUGAUGACAUACAACCAAAAAUGUUUGGUAUGGUCUUGGAAAAAAUUGUUGUUCCAGAGGUGCAGAAAGUAUCUGGGCAAAUUGAGAAAAAGAUUUGUGCAGUAGGAAUUACAAAGAUCCUAACAGAGUGCCCGUCAAUGAUGGACACUGACUACACAAAGCUGUGGACUCCUUUACUCCAAGCUCUUAUUGGUUUAUUUGAGUUGCCUGAAGAUAACAGCAUUCCUGAAGAUGAGCAUUUCAUUGAUAUAGAAGAUGCACCAGGCUAUCAGACAGCUUUCUCUCAGCUGGCAUUUGCAGGAAAGAAAGAACAUGAUCCGAUUGGUGCAACUGUUAGCAAUCCAAGAGUUCAUCUGGCCCAGUGCCUUCACAAACUCUCCACAGCAUGCCCAGGCAGAGUGCCAUCGAUGAUCAGUACAAGUUUGAAUGCUGAGGCAUUACAGUUUUUGCAAAGCUAUCUUCAGGCUGCAAGCGUACAACUGGUGUGAAGCUUUCGAGUUUAACUAAAGACACUGUUUGAGGCUUUUUGCCGUGGGUGCUUACACAGUGAACGUCAUUUGAUUUCAAGUGCAGUAGGAAUAUCCUGAGGAUGUAGUUCUGGCUGGUAAUGAUUAUGAUCAUUUACGUCCUGAUGCAUUUUUAUCCUCUAGGCUUAAUGCUACUAGUUUCUUUACACCAACCUUUCUCCUAUUAUUUAUGUCUUGGUAAUCUGACUACAAAGUAUAAAAGUGAUAAAGCACCUCUUGAUGCAUUGCUGUGUACAGUUACUCUGGUGUAAAAUAAAAAUGGAAUAUAAAAUCUUGUUGUUUGUUUUAAUCAUUUCAUCCCUUUAAGAUUUCUUAAAACAACAGAUUUUCUAUUUGCAAAUGAAAAGGGAUGGAUGAUGGAUUUGGUUGCAGGAUCGUAUCCAUAAUGUAUGGUGAGUUCUUAGAGCUCUGCAUAUUCCUGCUGAAGCCUGGCAGUUUCUUAAUCAGAGAAGGUCAGCAAGUGUUUUCCAACUCUGUAACCCGACCCAAAUGAACUUUAAAAUCUUUAAUCUGUCACUGUGGUGUAUUAUCUUUUAGUAUUUAUAUACUAUUCCAUUGUUAAAGAUAUUCAAAUAAAUUACUAUCUGGC